ACAGAUUCACACAGCCGUAGUAGAGACUUCCAAAACAGUUUUUAAGUCCAUAAACUAAGAUCAUCUAAUUUGCUCUCAAAUUUCUUCAAAAAAAAUGGCUCAAUCAGCAAAACCAAUUUCGAGUCCAGUACCUGAUGCGUGGUACCCAACCUUAGCUGUGUUUAUGCUUGCAAUUGGACUUGUUGUAACUGCUUCUUUCUUUAUCUAUGAAGCUACUUCUCCAAGGAAAUAUCGCAGUCUUGCAAAGGAGCUUGCGACUGGGACAGUGGCAUCUGUUUUCUUGGGUUUUGGAUCCUUGUUUUUGCUGCUUGCUUCAGGCGUAUAUGUUUGAUGUAUCCCCAUGGAUAAAGAUGAAGUUUUUCACUAGUGUUUCUACAUGAACAGUUUUUAGUAUCGCAGGUGAUUUUAUAUGAUUUAUGGUUGAAGACAGUAUCUGUAGAACUGAUCAUUAUCACCUAGUGUAGUCUGAGAAUUUAUAACUGAGUGGCAAGCAUUGGAGAAAUUAUUGAAAAUUUCUGAGGUACAAGAAAAUAUUACUUCUUAUGACAGUUUAUAUUAGUGUUGCCAUCAAUUACU